GGCCCAGAUUAUAGGCUGUACAAGAGUGAGCCAGAGUUAAGCACGGUGGCUGAGGUCGAUGAAUCUAACGGCGAGGAAAAAUCUGAGCCUGUUUUGGAGACGGACACCCCUUCCACUAAAGGUUCUCACUUUCCAGUGGGAGUGGUCCCUCCAAGAACGAAAUCCCCGACCCCCGAGUCCUCCACCAUAGCUUCCUACGUGACCUUGAGGAAAAGUAAGAAGAUGAUGGAUCUCAGAACGGAAAGGCCGAGGAGCGCCGUGGAGCAGCUGUGUCUGGCUGAGAGCUCUCGACCUCGCAUGACCGUGGAAGAGCAGAUGAGGAGGCUCCGCAGGCACCAGCAGGCCUGCCUGAGGGAGAGGAAGAAGGCGCUGAGCGUGAUCGGGGCUCCAGACCCAGUCCCCCUCCAGAGUCCUUCCAACCUGAGGGACAGUCCACUCAGGGUCACGCAGGCUCGAAGGAGGGAAGAUCACAAUAAGGAGCUGGACUCCAGCAGUAGAGAAAACGAUACAACGCCAAGCUGCGAUGCUUCCAUGGCAGACACUGUCCAACCAAACGAAGCCGAACCCCAAAGCACGGAUAUCAGCACUGAGUUGAAGAGAACUGAAAAUAUUUUUUAUGAAAUGCUUUUCACACCUGAGCCAAAUGGAACAGAUUCUGAGGAAGCUCUGCAUAAAGGAGAGGACGAGGGAACAGAGCCCGCAGGUGUCACCCACAGCCCUCCGGGUGAGGCACAGAGUGCCAGUCAUAAACCAGAAGACUGUCCUGAAGCAAGGAAGAGCAGUGGUGACAAGCAGGACGAGAUGGUGACUUCUGAACCAGCUCCUGAGACUGCCAGAGAGAGUCGGACGCCAGCAGUGAAAAGCCUGUCUCCGUCUCCGGAGUCCCCAGCAUCCCCAGAUGCACCGGCUCAGCGGCAGCUCACGGAAGGAUCUCACUUCAUGUGCGUGUAGUCUCGAACUCUCCUGACUUCUGUUGAGCCCGCUCAGAGCUUCAGACACGGCCCUUCAGCAAUGUGAGAAGAUAUUGUACAGUAUAUUUUAAAUCUAUGAAAUUCAUAGUUCUGAUGCUUUUGGCCACAGAGCAUCGUUUUAUCACUUCUGGAAAAUGUUUCUUCCAGAGCAGCUUUAACGGCCUCCGUCCACUCCAGUCUCCAGCCUGUCCCUUGACAUUAGCUCGCCGCUGUGACGUCAGCACGUCAGUAAGGUGCUUCUCAGUGUGCCGUCUCCAGAGCUCGCCCCCCCUCCUCUCGCUCUAGGGCUCCAUGUUUCUAAGUCAGCACUAAAGCACAGAAAGUUAGCUAUUAUCUGCAGUGAAGCUCGUUUCACUUUUUUUGUUUCCCCUUCCCAUUAUGGCUCCUGCAAUGCUUUGUUUCACACUUGAUUUGUAAAGGACUUUUAUAUAUAUAUAUAUAUUUAAAAUGUGCUACUUUAUUACUGCUCAGUGAAGUACGUCCUGUUGCCCGCUAUAUAGUUCUCUCGGUCAGAUCGCAACGUCAGCCAGUUACUGCCGCGUCCGCUUCUGCACAGGCCUUACCCUUCCCUUUUCCUACAGAGCUACUCUGAGUAGGUAUUUUCAAGUUCUGGACUUACACUUCGUUGGAAUAGAUGUGUACAGCAAUAAGGAGGUCUUCAGAUCACUGCUUAGUCUGUGUACAAAUGUAAUUACGCUCACCGUGUGGACGGUGCACGUGAGCGCCUGUAAUGUAGCCCAG